CGUUACAUUCGGUUCCUCCCACACUCGCGUGCUCCAGCACAUCCACUCGUGCACCUGAACUUCACUUGCUUGCACAUGAUGUAGCUCUUGAUUUGCUUUAACCUCAAAUUGCAUUACUUUCCUCAUAUAUUUCAUAUAUGUCUCUUUGUAGGCUACUCAUCAGGGCAUUCUUGCGUCUGAAGAUGAAUGUUGAUCAUGCACGCGCGCGGACAAUAGCGUGAACCUGCCGCGCGGAACUUCAUAGCCAGCAGCAUCAUUUAUGACACGCGGGCGUAAGUUUCAUGCUUCUACAUUGGACAGACUGAAGAUAUACAGUUUAACAUGGGCCAAUCAUACGCAGCCAAUGUGACUGAUGAUGUGAUUCAUGGUGGAAACCGUGCCACCAUCUGGCACGAGGGCAGUGUGGGCAACGAUACCAUCAAUCCUUACAGGCCCACUUUUGCGAAUGACAUCACCAAGCACCUGGGCGUUCAAGUUUUACUUAUAUUAGCAUAUUCCCUUAUAAUUCUCCUGGGACUUGUGGGUAACAGCCUGGUCAUUUACAUGAUCGUACUGUACAGAAACAUGCGCACGGUCACCAACUACUUCAUCGCAAACCUGGCCUUGGCAGACCUGAUGAUGGACACUCUGUGUUUACCAUUCACACUGGUCUACACGCUGUUGGAUGAAUGGAAGUUUGGAGAAGUGAUGUGUCAUAUGGUGCCUUUCAGUCAAGCUCUGAGCGUACAUGUCUCCAUUCUCACUUUGACAGUCAUUGCUCUGGAGCGCUACAGGUGUAUUGUCUUUCAUCUCGGCCAACGGCUCAAUAAAUGCACUAGUUUCAUAAUUAUUGGUCUGAUUUGGACGUUCGCUGCCAUAUUGGCUGGACCAUUGGCUAUCUUUCGGGAGUAUAGGCACGAGGAGAUCCCAUACAUUGGCUUGCGUAUAGCGGUUUGCUCUGAGAAGUGGCCCAAUGGCACCAACCGAGAUGCGGUCAUAUACAGUCUAUCAAUGCUCGUCCUACAGUACAUGGUACCGCUGACGAUCAUCAGCUAUGCUUAUGUGUGCAUUUGGAUCAAACUGAAAAACCACGUCAGCCCCUGCAACCGCAACGAUAGUAUCGCCCGUCGCAAGAAAACCACUAAGAUGCUGGCAAUGGUAGUUGUCGUCUUUGCUGUUUGCUGGCUUCCUUUCCAUUUAUUCCAGUUGGCGAGUGAUCUCGACUUGAUUCUGAAGUUCAGAGAGUAUAAACUCAUUUAUACGUUGUUUCACAUCGUGGCUAUGUGCUCGACGUUUGUCAAUCCGUUGCUCUACGGCUGGAUGAACCAGAACUACAGGAAUGGGUUCCUUAUGUUCUUUCGCUGUGAACACAAACCAGACACCAUUUACCCUGACGGGUCCUUCAGGACUCGAUCUUUGAGAGGAAUGAUUGUGAACGGGCACAAUGAUGGACAGCCUGCAGCUGCUGUCUGAUUAUAAAGACUGAGGCCAAAGGUUUAAUGCUUUCAGUGGACCAGGUAGACCUAGCUACAGUAAAAAGUUGGAUCAACCUUAAAAAAUUACUUAUUGGUACAACAUGAUCUAAAGAAAAAUUGUUAUAUUCAUGAAAAAAAUUAUUAAUUUAUUUGUGUCCAUGGCAUAUGUCUUUUUCGUGUCACGAAUUUCUAUAAAUAGUUUUUCGUGUCUGUGGCACGACUUUCUUUAUCGUGUCAUUUUAU